UCGGAGUGCAAUAGAGUAUUUUGAAUAGCACACAAACGCACACGGACUACACACAAAUAUUGCAUUGGACUGCGCAGCAUACAGUGUACGCUGACACAAACCGCGACCCAAGCGGCCCCGUUGCAUCUGUUCAUCGCUCUGUGUAAUGUGCAACGCGCCGGGCUGUGAAUUGAUCCCAAUGCACGCAUGCAUGCUCAUUCAUCGUACGUGUAUAGUGUCAUAUGCACCUAUGCGGCACAGCGUGCAGAGAGAAUGCGGCUUGUGCAUCGACAUCGCCCAUGGUGGCAGAGGAUUCUUGCAUGGAAAGCAACACAAAUGUGAAGCCGUUGGGACACGAAGAAGUCGUCGGAACAGAGUCAGUCACUCUGUGGACGAAAUGCCCUUCGAAAAGUACCAGGAGGAAACUCACAUUUCAUGUUUGUUUCCUGAAGUGCUGGCUCUAAUUUUCGGUUAUUUGGACGUGCGUGAUAAGGGACGUGCAGCCCAAGUGUGCCGUGCAUGGAGGGACGCUUCGUAUCAUCGUUCGGUAUGGAGAGGAGUGGAAGCCAAGUUACAUUUACGUCGGUCAAACCCCUCUUUGUUUCCCAGUCUUGUGUCGAGAGGGAUCAAACGUGUCCAGAUACUGAGUCUUCGAAGAAGUUUGAGCCAUGUCAUGCAGGGAAUGCCGAACAUACAAAGCCUAAAUCUGAGUGGUUGUUACAACCUGACUGACGUGGGAUUCUCACACGCCUUCUCCAAAGAGAUCCCCACACUGACAGUACUCAACUUAAGUCUAUGCAAGCAGAUCACUGACAAUAGUCUUUGGCGGAUAGCACAGUAUUUGAAGCAAUUGGAGGUGCUCGACCUCGCAGGAUGCAGUAACAUAACAAAUACCGGCCUCCUGGUUAUCGCAAGUGGACUUCACAAACUCAAGGGUUUGAAUCUAAGGAGUUGUCGACACAUAUCUGAUGUUGGUAUUGGAUACCUUGCUGGAGUGAGUGCCGAGGCAGCUAGAGGAACACGGGAUCUUGAACUCCUUGUGCUGCAGGAUUGCCAAAAACUGAGUGACACUGCUCUCAUGAGUAUUGCCAAAGGACUUCAUAAACUUAAAAGUUUGAAUCUAAGUUUCUGCUGUGGAAUCACAGACACUGGUAUGAUCAGCUUGUCACGGAUGCCAAGUUUGAGGGAACUUAAUUUGCGAAGUUGUGACAACAUCAGCGACAUCGGGCUUGCCCACCUUGCAGAGUAUGGUGGACAUUUUGUAACGCUGGAUGCCAGCUUCUGUGACAAGAUAGGUGAUGCAGCACUCUCACACAUUUCUCAGGGAAUGCCAAAUUUGACGAAUGUCAGUCUUAGUUCUUGCCAUAUCACGGAUGAAGGUGUUGGGAGGUUAGUACGCAGUCUUCACAACAUGACCACUCUGAACAUUGGUCAGUGUGUCCGAGUUACUGACAAAGGACUGGCCCUGAUAGCGGAACAUCUUAAGGAGCUGAAAUGCAUUGAUCUCUAUGGAUGCACAAUGAUCACAACAGUUGGACUGGAGCGAAUCAUGCAGCUCCCCUGUUUGACUGUCCUCAACCUAGGACUGUGGCAUAAAAGGUAGUACUUGCUGUAAUGUUCAGCAACCCAGGGAAAAGAAAUAGCUGAACGAACGAACAUAAUGAAUCAAUGCCUGUGAGUCUAACAAUGAUUCAAAUAAAGUUAACACUUUUUGCUUUUUAAAAGCAUAAUUUUUAACUUGUAGAUUAUGAUUAUGAUCUACAGUACAGGUACUACAUGUACCUUCACAAUUUUUGACAUUUAUUUUUAAACAACAUUAAAACAAAACUCUAUGUCCCAUCGGCCAUGACUGCUUGAAAAGACUAUUCCAGAUGUUUUUAAUAUGAUUUGAAGCGAAAUUUUGAAGGCUUGAAAGCAGAAUGUAAUAUUGUUAUCCGGAGUAUCAGAAAUUGAAGUUAGUUGCGAUGUGCUGCCCUGUAUUUUGAAAGGGGGUGGUGGGGGAUUCAACAGUGAAGGUGUACAAAUGUCCAUGAGAGAUAUCCAUACUUUUUAAGUUUUAAGAAUGAAAGUAGAAUGACCAUCUAAGUUGAGUAAAAUGAUUUGUAAGAGUAGAUAGCAUUAGCAAUACAGCAGAGAAACUGGUGUACGUCAACAUAAAUUUUGAAAUUUGAUUUGCUAGUAGAUAAUUAUCUCGAGUUCUUGACAUUAUUAUGCGGGUAGCAAACCUGUAACUUGAUUUCUCUUUAUAAACUCUUCAGGGAUAUGUAACUAAUAGUUUUAGAUUGCAUCUAUUAUGUUCAGUUAUUAUCUGUAUCAUAUUAUAAAGUACUCGUUUCUGUUUCCAAGACAAAGAGAGUUUAAUUUUUAAUCAUCAUUUAUACCACUAAUGUCUGUGUUGCCUCUUGAGGUAUAGGAAACCAUGUGAAUUCAAUUUAUACAUGGGCUUCAUUAUUGGCAAUUCGGCAUGCAUAAUGAAAAUGCUGGUUGGUUCUGCUGGGUUUGUAGUUGUGGAGCAUUGAAUAACGCACAUCGAUGCACGGUAUAGUCUGCUGUAGCGUAGAGGCAUUGUGAGCGGUUGGAUCUGGCGGUCAAAGGUCAACCAGUGUCGCCUUUGACCUCGGUUGUUUUGACAAGCUGAAAAGAACUUGACAAAAUAUAGCUCGAUCCCACAGCACACACAGCUCGCUGCACCACAAUACCACUGCCAGGAACAAUCGCUUGCUGAGAUCUGCUGAGGAAAUGCCCUUGGCUUCCAUGCCAUGAAUUGUUAUUUUACUCCUCAGGAAAGCAGAAGAGAAACUACAGAAAUAAUAAGCAAACCAUUUCACGCGUUACAUGUACAAAAAUGGGACUAGAUUAUUCUAGGCAGAUAACGCGAUGGGAGUUUGAACAAAAAUAUCAACACAAAUGCACUCAGUACUCGUGUCAAGCUCUCGUUACUAGGUUUAUCAGUAGUAUCAGGCAAAUUAUCUUCAUAAAAUUUUUGUCAUGCAUGUGGCAGAGGAUUCUAUCAAUCUAAUCGUCAGAAAGGUUAUGUGCAGUCCCCAACAUAUAAGAAGAAGAUUUAAAGAUAUACGAGAAGCUUCCUGAAAAGAGUUCAGAAAGCAGGAUUUCAGAAUUUACCCCCUAAACUUAUUUAAGAUUUAAAUAGACAUGUAAAGGGAGGAUGAGAUAGAAAAGGGGCGCUUUUGGAUCUUUACCCUGGUCUUUGGAAAGAGCGGAACUCCGGAUUGCGUUGAGUCUUCGUUUUCUAGCGGCAGAUAUUCAUUUCCUCUAUGUCAUGUUUGGGUAACGUGCUAAAGGCAAAGGGAUGUGACGAUUUUAGUCUGUGCUCUGAAUAAGUUUCAGUUUAUUCUCUGUAUGAUGGGAUAGUAUAGGUUUUGAUAUUGUCCUGUUAGAUUGUAGUCCUUAUUAAUCUUCCCAAGGAAGAUGUAGAUGGAACUCAAAGUUGAUAAUCACAUUUUCCGAUCUUAUUUUCAUUUAUAUAAUAAUUGUAUUGAUUGGGGAAACAGAACAUGUGGGUUCUGGAUAUACAUGUAUGAACAAGGGAGAGAUGGCAAAAUGGACGAGGAGGGGGGGUGUUCAACGACACAUCAACCCGAUCAGGAUUUUGGCAAUCUUCCAACGUUAUUUUUAUUCUCUAUUCACGGUGUAAAAAAAAACGGAUGACAGAAGGAUAAGGAAGAGGCAGAGAUAACGUCAAAUAUAUUUUGAACCAUGAUUCAAAGUUCGAUAUCAAUUGUUGAUAUCAAGUUUUAAUUAAUCAUUUUAUUUUUAUAUUUCAUUCACUUUACUAAUAUGAAUGAAGAACAAGCUGGAAUCAUGUUUUUGAAACACAGAGGGUUCUCAUUAGACGGGAGGGAAAAAUAAGAUUAUUAUUUGGUUAAAUUGUGAGUUCAGAGUGGAUAUUUAUUUUUAAAUCUCACAACAAAUUGGUACAUGGACAAAGAAGUUUCGUAUCUUUAAGAUAUUUUUAACCUAAGUUUUAUCUAAAUUUCAUUUAGAAGAGAGAGGGACUCCAAGAUUU